UGCUCCCCACAUGAGAUAGUCCUCAUAUUUCUGAACUCGUUCCAAAGAAAACCCUCCCACAAUCCCACUUCAAUUAAAGCUAUCCUUCAUCCUCAUGGCUCCACACAGAGAAAAUCCCAUGGGGUCCCACUACAAGAGGGAAAACGUUAGUAAGCCACCACCAAAGCUUUCAAUGGAAAGUCUCCAAAGAACAAUAUCCGACAUCUCAUUGGAGUUAAGCAAAGAAGACAUCGACGCACACCUCCCACCCAUAUCGGAGGUAGAGGAGGCCCAGUGCGAGUGCUGUGGCAUGUCAGAAGAGUGCACCCCGGAAUACAUAAAUUGCGUGCGUGAAAAGUUCUCGGGGAAGUUAAUCUGUGGGCUGUGCGCUGUGGCUGUGAGUGAAGAGAUGGAGAAGAAUGGAGUGAAAAGAGAGGAGGCUUUGAAUAAGCACAUGACUGCGUGUGUCAGGUUCAACAAGAUUGGAAGGUCAUAUCCUGUGUUGUACCAAGCUGAGGCCAUCAAAGAGAUUUUGAAGAAGAGCCCGAGAUCAAACAGAGCCAAGUCUCAGAGUCCAAGAGAUAAGGUGGUUGAUCUAAAGAAGGGUGGGCUUGCAAGGAGCUCGAGUUGUAUUCCGGCGAUCACGAGGGAGGUUGUCGACCGGUCGGUGGCCAAUGACUGAGACACCAAAGAGGAUGGGGCCGUACGUUCUUAUGAUAUGUUGGUGCAUGAUCUGCUAGCUCGCGAGAAACCUGCAUGGCCAAUUAUAUUAUUUGGGUUUAGCCAUUCGCCAGCGGUUGCCUGCGGCCACUUUUGCCUUUUCUCAUACCCCAACGUUUGCUACAUGCCCUGUCCAAGAGCAGUGGCAUUUUUUGUAGAUGAAACGAUAAACUUGCACCCCUUGAAGACUUUCAACAUCUCUUAAUUCCCCUACACUAACUUACAUCGAAUCUCUGCUCCAACUUUCACUGCAUGCAAGGGCUAGUUGUUAAACGUUGUGAAGAGAACAAUCAUAUAUAUCAUUCUAAUUUCAUGAUCAAGUGAUCUGUAACGAUGGGUACGUAGUUUGUAAGCAAUAAUUAAUAUCUUGGGUGAUAGAUAAAAGUCACCGAAG